GCAAGACAUAGCUGCUAGCCAUACCCUUGGAAGCGACUUCUCCCGGGAAUUUUGAUGCCUUGUUAUUAUUAUUAAGCCUAGCCCCUAUCCCAUCCAGCAAAGCGAGACGCGUUAAUCGCCGACAAUCUCCUCAUUUUUGCCGCCACGCGUUAAUAUUCUGUUUGGACCCAGCCGAGUAGCCGAACGCAAUCCAAGCAAGAAUUAUUGGCUCUUUGCCUGCGACUGAUCUAGAUCUAUAAUAUGCGUGAAGCUCAUAUCGCGCGACUGUCAAGUACAUAGGCCAGUUUGCCAGGACCAACUGCCUGGUCGCGACCAACAACCCCCUUAAAAAUGGCUUCUUCCGAUGCCUCGCCGGAUUGCCCAGCUAUCGCCGGCAAUGUACCCCAGACGUCAUCCCAGCCUAUGGCGGAGCAUACAGGGGGAGAUCUCCUUGGCGAUGAGACAGAUAUAAAGACGUCUGCCAACACGGAAACUACCAACGGGCAUUCGCCGGCUUCGCUCGCCGAAGGAAAGCAGAAACCUGAAGGCCCAGGUACAACUGAGUCGCAAAAUGAAACUUCAAAUCUUGAUGACGGACAGGAGGACUGUCCUGGGUCUCCCGAUCCGCAGCAGGAGGAGCCUGCUAACGGGACUUCCCUCGGACAGAAGCGCUCCAGAUCUGGCUCCAUAAAACAUUCAUCAUCAUCACCACCACCUGUGGAGCUUCCUGUCGGGCCCCGUGAGACGCCGCUUGAUAAGGUAUUAUUGGAGCAGUACCUUCACCGUGAAUGGCUACAUUCCACACUUGCUGCUGGCAGAACCCGACACCAGGAUAUCUUACAGGAAAAACGAGCAGAGCGCGACUUCUACCUGCAGAUACAACAUGAGCGCCAAAUGAACCCAGGCGCUAUAUUUGGAAUGGGCUAUGAAGGUUUUGGCAACGCCAGAACCGAUCUCAAAUCGCAGCAUCCACAACUACUCUACCCAUCGAAUAGAAGGAAGCCCGGAGGCCGAAAAUCUCGGGAUACACGGAUUUCCCGACAGGAGAUGGACAAACAAGCGGAUCAACCCGAAAACUUGGUCCCGAUACGGUUGGAUAUUGAUUGGGAUAAGGUGAAAAUUCGAGACACUUUUACAUGGAACCUACACGACCGCGUUACGCCACCUGAUGUCUUCGCGGAAAAGCUCGUCGAAGAUUUUGGCCUCCCGCUAGAAUCCUGCGGCCCACUUGUCCGGCAAAUCACCCAAAGCAUCCAAGAUCAAUUGACGGAAUAUCACCCCCAUAUAUUUAUCGAAGAGGAACCAUUAGAUCCCCACCUCCCGUAUUUUGCCUACAAAAACGACGAAAUGCGCAUUCUGAUCAAGUUGAAUAUCACUAUUGGACAACAUACCCUAGUGGACCAAUUUGAAUGGGAUAUCAAUGACCCCUAUAACUCACCUGAACUUUUUGCAGUUCAAAUGGCGACGGACCUAGCCCUUCCGGGGGAGUUUGCGACCGCAAUUGCCCAUUCCAUUCGAGAGCAAGCCCAGCUCUUCACUCGAAGCUUAUACAUCGUAUCCCAUCCGUUUGAUGGUCGCCCCAUCGAGGAUCCUGUCCUCAAAGGUGCAUUCCAGGCUUCUCCACUUCAAUCCACAUUCCGUUCUAUCCAGCAGGCCAAGGAAUUUACGCCCGUCCUCUGGGAACUCAACGAGGCAGGCCUUGAAAGGACUGAAGGAUCUAUCUCCCGUGAACAGCGACUGCAAAAACGUUCUGUUAAUCGUCGUGGUGGGCCAGCUCUUCCUGAUCUAAAAGACCGGCUGCGCACAAUUCGAACGAUGAUCGUGUCCUCCGUCAUACCUGGAUCUGCGGCUUCCGUCGAAGAGAGUCGACUUUUCAAACGAUCUGGCACUGGUCGAAGCCGGCGUGCAACUACUGGACAACGUGAUGGUCUGGAGGAUUCCGAUGAGUCUGACAGCGAUGAAUCGUCUGGAGCCUCGCCGGCCAUGUCGCAUUUAACCCAAGGAACUGCACGGACCCGCGGUAUGCGGACAGCGUCUGCAAUCGCUCAGUCGGCGAUGCGCAGCCACCUUGGUCGUUCUGCAACUCCCGAAACUUCCUCUCUUCACGAAACCAGAACGUCUGCAAGAAGGCGAGACUAUCGCGAAGAGAGUUCCGAGGCUCCAGAGAAACUGAUCGUUAGACUUAGGAUCAGUUCUCACAAACUACGACAACUGAUGAAGGACCUGAAGACAAGGCAAAAAGGGUAUCCAGGUUCGCCAGCUCCAGCAGGUGCAACAACUCCCGUUCGAAACGCAUUUCCCACCCCUCGCGGCUCCAUGGGCCCGCCAGCCGCCCAGCCUGCAACCACUCCGAAACGCCCGACGCCAUCCCAACUGAACGGGGUCGUCGAUGCUCCUCAUCCUCCUCAACCUGGUGUUCCUGGUCCUCCCCCUCCGCCUUGGCUCGUCCGUGGCCUGAACAAUCUAAAACGCAGCUAUCCUCGCGACUCGUUCGAAGGCACAAUGCGCUACACUGCCGUCGACCCCCAGACCAGCUUACCCAUCCCCAACGCUGCAACGACACACCCGGGACAAAAGCUGAUCUACAAAUACUUCCCACGAAUCCGAUGCCACGAUUGUCCCGGAAAGCUAUACACUCCCGGUCCAGCGUUGACGGUGGAUAAUUUCGAGGUACAUCUUAAGAACAGGCAACAUAAGGAGAGGGUUGAGGAGCGACACGCGCGCCUGGCGAAGCAAGCUGGAAUUGCGGGUGGUUCUGCUGCGGAGAUUAAGGGUGAGCUUGUUUCUAGGUAGAAAGGUGUGUUGAGAAGAGUAGGAAACUGGGAGGGCACACGGCAUACUGCAUACAUACCCCGCUGUAGUAGUUCAGAGAACGAAUAUGCCGUGUUUCCCGAUAAAGUAUAAAUUCAUCCUCGGAUACGGGGAAGGGUAUCUACCUUUUUAUUUUAUUUUUAUUUAUUCAUUUAUUUUUUUACGUUUUCUGAGGGUCGAGCUCAUCGGG